UUCUUCUGUCAUUCAUUUUUGUGGAUUUGUGUGUGCGUCUGUAAAUUACGAUUUGUGUAAAAAGUCAUGCGUUACAAUGUAGAAAUCAAGAUUACUUUUUAAGUUAUAAAUAUUUUUACCUAUUCAUGAAAUAUUGUUACAUUAUAAGUUUGUUUUGAUGUGUAAAUCAUCGAAAAUGGUUUCGGGCAGUACGAGGGUGAUACAAGUCACCAACAUCGCUCCUCAAGCAACGAAGGAUCAAAUGCAGACGCUUUUUGGAUAUUUAGGUAAAAUAGAUGACAUUAGACUCUAUCCAACCAUCAGAGAUGUUUCUUGCCCCGUACAGUCUCGAAUUUGUUACGUUAAAUAUUACGAUUCGGCGACUGUCAACGUAGCCCAGCAUAUGACCAACACGGUGUUCAUAGACCGUGCGUUGAUCGUGAUUCCUAUGCAAUCCGGAGAGAUCCCAGAUGAACAUAAAGCCCUGGAGAUGUCUAGCAACGGCACAUUAGUGCCGGGUUUGAGUACAGUGGAGCCGCGACUUCCCGCGCACGUUAUCAACGCUUUGGAAGGUGUACCGCCGAACCAGGUGAUCCAGACACAUGACCCGAAGAUGGCUGCUGCUGGUUUGCCCCCAUACCCGCCCUUGCCGGCUGCUUACGACUCAAGACAAGUGGAGGAGAUUAGAAGAACAUUGUUAUUGGUAGAUGUGGGAUCAUUGACUCAACAGCAGCUGAUCGAUCACUUCUGCCAGGCAGGGGAAGUGAAGUACAUGCGCUUCUGUGAUAGAGAUGUUGACACACUGAAGUAUGCAUUGAUUGAGAUGACUGAACAGGAAAGUGUGAUCAAGGCUUUGCAGCUGAAUGGAUCAACUGUUGAUGGGCAAACUAUCAGGGUACAUCAUGCCACACAAGCAAUCUCCAAGCCACAGACAAAAAGUAACGAAGCAGCGCAGAGGGAGAUUGAGGAGGCAAUGUGUCGGGUGAAAGAGGCCCAAAAUUUAAUCUCUGCUGCCAUCGAUCCAGUCAUUGGGCUACUUUCUAAAGACAAACGAAGAACCCGUUCCCGCUCCCGCUCCCGCCGGCGCUCGCGGUCCCGGUCGCGGCGCUCGCGCUCGCGGCACCGCACCAAGCGCUCGCGGUCGCGCUCCCGCCAUCGCUCGCGCCGCUCGCGGUCGCGCCACAGGCAUCGCUCCAGAUCACAUUCCCGCCAUCGGAGUUCUCGACGCUCAAGAUCAAGAUCACGUCAUCGCAGCUCACGUUCUAAACGUGACCGUUCCCGAGACCGCGACCGAGAUCGGAAAGACAAAAAAGAAUCCAACGACAAGGAGAAGAAAGAAAAAUCCAAAUCACCUCCUCCACCACCACCACCAAAAGAAGUCGAGAAAGAAGAAAAGGAAGAAGUCAAAUUUGAAGUCGCCGAGACCAAUGGGAAUGGUACUGAAGUUAAAUCUAAAGCAUCUACUCCUGCAGAUGACAAAGAAAAAGAAGUUGAGAAAGAGAAGGAGCGAUCACCAUCGAAGAAACGGUCCAGGUCUAAGGAAAGGAAACGAGACAGGUCUCGGUCUAGGCGCAGAUCUCGCUCUAGAUCUAGAAGAAAGCGUUCUCGGUCUCGCAGGCGGUCCCGAUCUCGCGACAGGAAGAGGUCGCGCUCCCGUGAUCGCAAACGUUCGCGGUCACGUGACAGAAAACGCUCUCGCUCGCGGGACAGAAAGAGGUCGCGGUCUCGCGAUAGAAAGCGCACUCGUUCUCGCGACAGGAAGCGGUCCAGAUCCCGUGAUAGAAAAAGGUCACGUUCCGGCAGCCGCCGGUCCAAGAGCAGGUCCCACAGGGACUCCAAGACUCCUCACGACAGAAGGACCCGUGAUCGGAGCCCUAACUUGUCGGUUAUAGAAGAAAAGGAUAUUACAAGCAUCGAAAGCAAACUUCCGGACAUGAAUGAAGAGAAAAACUCGCCGGAUAACAUGGACAUUUCCAAUUCUCCGUAAAUAUUGACAUAAUAAUGAAACAUGCGAGGAAAUUACGCAUGUUUUCCCUUUUGAUGAAGGUCCUUAGUAAAGUUCAAUUGAAUGAUGUACCUACUUUAAGAACAAUAAAUGAAAUGUAAUUAAAA